AUGAUAAAUUUCAGAAAACUGCCAUUUUGGGAAAAGUUUUCGUUCGGCAGAUCAGAUCUGAAUGCUCAUUUUUUACCGAACCAUUCAACACAUGUCCAAUCGUAUAAUUAUGACAACGAUCCAGACUACAAUGUAGUAAUAACACCGGCACCAGACUACGACGAAAGCCCAAAACAUUCAAGAAGUUUUAAAAGUUUCUGGACUAUGAAAGGAAGAUCGAAGAACGCACCUAAAAGAAUACAUUAUUUUUACGAUUCUGGCGAUAAUGAAAACUCUCAGAAACGGAAAAAAGAUCACCACUGCUCUCACAAGCAGCAUCGUAAGCAUUCUCCAGAACGAGAGGAAAGCCCUUCAGAUGAUUCAGACAGCAGUUUUUCUAGUACAUCAACACACAGCACGAUGCAUUACAGGAAAGUAUCAAAGGACAAGAGACACCGGAGAAGAAAUAGGUCAUCUUCCGAAGAAAAGCAGGAACGGAAAUCUCGAGCGCGUUCUUCGAAGAAUCACGAACAUGAUUUUGAAUCAUCUCCUUACUUUAAACGAAAGCACAGGCGAGGAUCACCACUGCAACGUAAUCAGGACGGGAUUUCCUGUCGAAGAAAAGAAAAGGACAAACGCACCUCAGACAGUGAUCAUAAACGUGGAAUACGAGAAAAUGGCCGGGAUAGCUACGCCUCAGAUAGUUCUUCUGACAGAAUACAAGCGAAGACAAUGCGACAAAGGAAACAAACUAAAUCCAAGAAAAGUAGGAAAAUUAUUGUUUCUGACACGGACGAAAAUUGGACGAUACGUGAAAAAACAAAAAAGCGAUCUGAUGGUGUGAUGUUGAAAAUAACAAUGAAUGAUCUGAGGAAUGUUAUUACAGAAAACGUUUUAUCGGCGGUAAAGCAGGGAAUCGACGAUGAUAUGACGAAACAACCUAUGAAAUGUGUUUCACCGGAAAUACUCACCACGGACACAGAGACACUUAAUAGUGGGUUUUCCGCCGGAAGUUGCAACUCCACCGAUGCAUUAUUACCCGUCAUAUCUGGAAGAAGAAUGUCAUCUGCUUUUCAGCCUGUUCCACAGAGACAGAGUGGGAUGUUGAAACGGUUUAUACCCGUACCUUCAUCCGCUAGUUCUGACAACACUGGGAGUCGGAAUAGUUCUGUUGCUACAGUAAAAAGUUUCCUGUCUGGCAGCACGACUGACGCGGUCGACAUGGCAGUAGGGACUGCUGGCAACGGGGGUGGUUUUGGCGCAUCGAUGGCACACUACGACCGGCUAGAAGAUAAACUGAUGAUACAAACAAACUCUCUACGAGGGCGCCAUAUAAGAGAAUCUGAGGGGCUGAUAUAUGAGGAAAAUAUCCCACAGGCAACAAUACAUCAAAAUCUAAGUGCUACACAAGGGAACCAAAGCUAUUUCCAAGACGGAAAUUCAAGCGGAGGAAUGUUGUCACCUAGGAAUUCAAUGGAUUUUCACAGUGAACCUGUAAUGGGACCUUUCGUUCUUCCAGAUUCGAAUGGUCGCAGAAUGAGUACGACAUACAAUAACUCACAGAUGAGUUCAAUGACUAGUGACUCGGACGUUCAAAACACCAGACAAAGACGAGGAUCGAUGAAUCCCAAUUUUGGCAGUACUCUACCUAAUACUUGUACCGACCAUACACAUUUGCGAAGACAAAGCAUGUGUUUGAACAUGCCAUCUUUACAUACAAAUGACACUGUCGUCCCUAACCAGGCAUAUUUAUCUCGCAGACGCCAGUCAUUACCAGUCAAUCUCACUACUUAUCCAUAUACUGACCUCGCGUCUAUUGGAAUGGAGGCGAUAUUGGCUGCCUCCGAAGCGAAAAAGCAUUCAUCGACAAAGGAAAAGUUACCAGCAGAAAAAUGUCUCUCAACAGUCUUAGAGGAAAGUGCAGACUCAGUUGACGACAAAUCGGCAAAAGAAGUAACAUUGAAAACAAACAUCAAGCCCAGUGCAGAACUUUUAAAGGAUAUAAAAGAAACUGCCAAGGAGAAGAGGAAAACGAAAGUGACAAAAGCGUUAGCUUUUCUUUCCAGCAUUCUCCUCGUGCUGGCGGGAAUUGGUGUUGUGGUUGUUGGAGUUCUCAACAUGAUGGACGGAGAAGCCGAAAUAUUUGUAGCUGUCACUAAGAAGAGUCCAAAAGACGAGAGCUUCAAAUACUACUGUUACGGACUUUGUUUUAUAGGGACAUCUGUUGUCCUUGUCUGUGUCUGUGGUCUUGUGGGAACCUUGAAAGUAAAAACAUGUCUGUUGAAAAUGGUUAUCUUGGGUUUCGUGCUGCUGCUGAUUCUCCAGGUUGUCAUGGUAACCAUGGUGGUGAUAUCACAGAAAGAUAUGCCCUCAAUUCCGCUUCUGGCCGCUGUCAUGGACGGGGUUAAGGAUGUGGUGCUGGACCACAUGAAGACGAGUCUGCAUGAUUCUUACAAAGUCGACACCUCAGUGGCUCGCGCUUGGGACCAGUUGCAAAUACAGAUGGAGUGUUGUGGAUGUCAGAAUCAGGACGACUAUAAAUAUAGUGCUUGGUGGAACACCACCGCAAACUCAAAGACAAAGAUGCCUGACAGUUGUUGUAUAGUGGCUGUAAAAGAUAUUGAUAAUAUCAAACCAACAAACCAGUUUCUCUGUCAGUCCAUGACGCCGGGAUUCUGGCACGAUGCGGGAUGCCAUGAUAUUCUAAUGAUAUGGUACAAACAAAACAGCGUCAUGGCUUUCGGCGCGACGACAGGCUUAGCUGCUCUCGAGAUGGUGAGCCUACUAUGUACUGUCCGGUUAUACUUGAGGCUGAUACAAAUGACAAGCAAUGCCACUGCUGGAAGUGUUUAA